GUUCGUGCUUCCUCGUGUUCACUCGUUGAUUUCCGUUCGCAGUUGGUGCUGGAAACAUGGCGAACGUCUGCCUACGAAGCUCCUCGUCCUUGCUGCUGUUUUUCAGCAGGAGGAUUUUCAAACCGGAGCUGAGCGCUGUCUGCUUGUACCACAAAAAGGUUGUGGACCACUAUGAAAACCCGAGAAACGUGGGCUCCCUGGACAAAAACUCCAAAAAUGUGGGGACUGGAUUGGUGGGUGCACCGGCAUGCGGCGAUGUUAUGAAACUUCAGAUCCAAGUGGAUGAAAAUGGAAAGAUCGUCGAUGCAAAGUUCAAAACAUUUGGCUGCGGAUCGGCCAUUGCUUCCAGUUCUCUAGCGACAGAGUGGGUGAAGGGGAAGUCGGUUGACGAUGCUCUGAAGAUCAAAAACACAGACAUUGCCAAAGAACUCUGCCUUCCUCCAGUCAAGCUUCACUGCUCAAUGCUUGCAGAAGAUGCCAUAAAAGCAGCACUGUCAGACUACCGGCUAAAGCAACAGGACAAGGAGGAACAUGUUAAUGCCAGCAAUUAAUGUUUUAUUCACUGACUAUAUUAAUAGAUUUAUGCUAUUGUUGGAUAUUGUGCCUCUCCUAGUGCCAGAGCAGUGCAGACGGGUCGCUGUAAUCACAUCACACCGGAUCUUGCAUCCGUUGGGGAAUUCUCCACAGGUGUGGGAUCAGUCUCUUGAGUUUAAGCCAAGGGUCACAUAUUGUUCAAGUGUUAAUAGCGUUUAUGGAUUCUUUGCUUUUAUCACACAAUCAGAAUCGCUUAAUUAACAAUGGGUUCAUGGUGAAGCUUAACACUUUAAUACACAGAGCAUUAAAGACAUUCUUAAUGAAGCAGGGAUGUGGGUUUGUAUUUUUAUUUUUUUGGCUUUGAGGCUCUUUCUGGCUCACUUGUGAGACAAUGUAGGUCCCAGAUGAAAGACUUGGUAUGAGAAUGUCAACAGUUAAAGUUUACAUACAAAAAAAAGUUCAGAAAAUUUGUAUGAGGUGCUUUGCUUACUGUGAAUAAACAGAUUAAAAGAC